AGAGAACGCAGGGUGGAGCAGACAAGGGGACAUUGUUCGUGGUUGUAUAUACGGGCACAGGCUAUUAGGUUGUGGACCGUAAAAAAAACCAGUCCAGCCACAUUUACCUGCCGAACAUGGAUAGGACAGAUAGGUCGGUGGGCGUGGAGUGACUUUUCACACAAAUACACAACGUUUUGCUGGUCACAGUCUGAGGAUACACACUUCACAAGUGAGAGUGUGAGGAAACAGCCGGCAGGAAGAGCACAGAGUUUGGGCAUUUCUGGAGCCUUUUGGAUAUAUUCUAAAAACCAACCAACCAACAGGAUGUCCUUAGACGCAAGCUUUCUGUCCGACGAGCAGUUCCUGUGCUCCAUCUGCCUCGAUGUGUUCACCAACCCUUCGUCCACGCCGUGCGGACACAGCUUCUGCAUGGCCUGCAUCAGCCGGUACUGGGACGGCUCCAAGGUUUGCCAGUGUCCUCUCUGUAAGACGACCUACCACAAGCGACCAGAUCUCCAGAUCAACAGGACGCUGCGAGAGAUUACCGAUCAGUUCAAGUUCAUGUCGGGAGGGGCCGUCAAGAAGAGAGGGGCCAAAAGAGGAGGAGGAGGAAAAGAAGGAGGCACACGAGCUAAUUUCCUUGAUGAGUUGAGAAAGAAAUUGCCUCGGGCGGUUCACCAACCGUCGGCGCCAAUACCCUGUGGGACUCCACGUGAGCCCAUGCCGACGGUGACGGCCACUACCUCGCUGGCGUCUUCGGUACCAGACCAGGGCUCGGUGGCUGCCGGGUCCGGCCCCUCCGCACUUCCCCCCUCGCCCCCUCACUGCCAAACCGGAGGCCGGAGGAGGUUCACCGUGUCCGGGGCGGCAUCCGCCUCGAGGCUCCCCGUCUGUGAGAUCCACCACAGAGGAAUAAUGAUCUACUGUCGGACGGAUCGAUUAUGUGUCUGCCCUGAAUGUGAGACCCUGGACCACGAGGAUCACGACACCGUGCCUCUCAAAGACGAGUGGAUGGAAACCAAGGAGAAGCUGAGCGUGUCGGAGCAGGAGGUGCAGGAGAUGAUCAGAUGGAGAACCGGCAAGAUAGAAGAAGUCAAGCGGUCAGCGACUGAAAUGGAGGCGGCGGCGGAGCGAGAACUGGCGGGCGGCGUCGGCCUCUUCUCCCAGCUGGCGUCCGCCAUGCAGCACUCCCAGGCCGAGCUGGCGGAGGUGACGGACAUCAGCCGAAGGGCGGCCGCGCUACAGGCCGACGCCAUGGUGCGACAGCUGGAGCUGGAGGUGGAAGAGCUGCGGUGCAGGGAAAGCACCCUCGCCGAGCUCGCCCAAUCGGACGACCACCUGCACUGCGUGAAGACGUUCCCCACCCUCUCCGGUCGUCCGCCCGCCAAAGACUGGUCCAGGGUGUCGGUGAACUCCGACCUGGGAACGGGGAGCAUCUACAGGUCGCUGGCUGCCCUGCUGGAGAGGUUCCAGGAGGACCUGUUGACCAUCGCAGAAACAGGUUUCCCUGCCUCGCCGCGGGCGCCCAGUCCGCUCCGGAGUGAGCCCAGGAUGAGGAGGGUUCAGGAGUACGCAGUGGACGUGACGCUGGACGUCAACACCGCUCACCCCAAACUGAUCCUGUCAGAGGACAUGAAGAGUGUGAGGUGCGGAGAUCGACACCAGAUGCUUCCGGACAACCCGGAGAGGUUCGACAGGGUCGUCUGCGUCAUUGGGAGGGAGGCCAUCUCCUCCGGGAGACACUACUGGGAGGUGGAUGUGGGCGGGAAGACCGACUGGGACCUCGGAGUAGCCAGACAAUCGAUGAACAGGAAGGGGAAGAUCAACGUCACGCCGAGCAACGGGUACUGGUUCCUCAGCCUGAGAGACAAGAAGAAGUACGCCUUUCGCAGCGAACCCUCGGCAGAUGUGCCUCUGACCCAGCGGCCGCACAGGAUCGGGAUAUUUGUGGACUUUGAGAAUGGACAGGUGUCUUUCUACAACGUCGAUGCUAAAACUCACAUCUACACUUUCAACGACACCUUCAGCGAGUGCAUCCACCCGUUCUUCAGCCCCUGCACCAACAAGUCCAGGAAGAACGAAGGGCCGCUGACCAUCACGCCGGUGACAUGACGGCGUGACAGAACCACACGCCGAGCUCGGCGAUUCCUCUUCUUUCUUUGCAUUCGUUGCACUUUAAAACAGUCAUCUUUUUAAAUACGCUUUUUGGCUUCUGAAAACAUUCUCUUGUUGUCCGACUGUGAAUCGUUUCUAAAUACAAGUGAGAUGUUUGUAUUCAUUUGUUGAUUUGCUGAUCAUGUAUAAACAAUCAUAUUAAUAUUGCA